AUGUCGUCUGAACCUUCCAAAAUAGAGGAAACCCUCGAGCCACACGACUCUUCCAUAGUCGAGGCUGAGGCGCAACAGGACCAUUUUGAAAACCCUCCGAGUUACGAAGUUGACGAGAAUUUCAAGCGGAAGCCGGAUGCUACGGAAGAAGACUGGCGACUUGGUUCCCCGUUGGAUAAAGAAGCCCCUUGCCCGGAAGACUGGGCAACCAGGCCAAUACCAAAUUUGAUCUUUGCUUUGACGCCCUUAGUCAAGAACAGUUCGGUGAUACGGGAGUGGUUCAAGACCGUCCCCGAACGGGAUUGGUAUGCAGCCUUACGGCUCAAUGCGAAGAAUAUCCCGGGCCUCAUGCGGGACGGUUUUCACUGGUCAUCGGCUAAUAUUAUACCGGGACGUGGCUUCAUACUACUGAACAAUCGGGACCUACCUAGAGAGAUUGGCCUCGGGCUUACUAGCUGCAAUCAUACGCGAACAUAUAAGUUGAAGGGGAACGAGAACACCGACAUUGAAUGGCGGGGCACAUUGUAUGUGUCCGCGAGGAAGUCUUGUACUAUUACCACUUUCGACCUCAAUUGGUUGACCCAAGACAAGAUCAUAUUCGUGAGCGCUUACGACUGGAACUCAAAGCCAGUCUAUUCCUACAAUUGGUUUCGAAACAGCGAGAAUUUCAACGUGGUGUAUGAAGGCAUGCCUUUGAAAGGCUGGUGGCCCUGGCCCAAGGCUGAGCCGCCUUCACAAGGAAAUGCUUCCGCGGCUACUAGGGAGAACUCGAUUGGGGAAAGAUAG